UGCCUCGGCUCGGUUCUGGUUUUGGACUGAACUGUGGGAUAAAUCCGGCACAUGCUGCUAUGCAAGGCUUGCAACUGCCUCUAUCUAGCCACGCCGGAUCAAGGCGAAAACGACGAGUUCUUUUUUCACAAAAUCAAGUUUAUGAACUGGAGAGACGUUUCCGGGCAUCCAAAUAUUUAACAGCGCCAGAGCGUGAGGCUCUUGCAAAUUCAAUUGGCCUCUCUGCUACUCAGGUUUUUUAUUCACUUUAAGC